GGCCUCAAAUGGAGAAACCCGUAACUUCUUUCCUACAUACCCCGUUUCCACUUUUUCUCAUAUUUUUCCUCGUUAAAGGAAUCAAAGGGAACAUCGGUGUAAACUAUGGCACGGUGGCCGACAACCUACCACCACCGGCACAAGUGGCGCGCUUCCUCCUUGAUUCCACCAUUAUCAACCGUGUGAAGCUCUACGACACCAACCAGGAAAUCCUUCAAGCCUUUGCGCACACUGGAAUCGCCAUUACUGUUGCUGUCCCCAACAACUUAAUCCCAAAUCUAACAAAUCUCAAGUUCUCCCAACAAUGGGUCAAAACAAAUAUCGCACCUCACGUUCCAGCCACCAACAUAGUCCGCAUCGUCGUCGGGAACGAAGUCCUUUCCACCACGGAUAACUCCGUCGUCUCUAGCCUUGUUCCGGCGAUGCAGACUCUCCACGCGGCUCUAGUCGGAGAGGAUCUGCACCGUAGGAUCAAGGUCUCCACACCACAUUCAUUAAGCAUUCUCUCGUCUUCAAGCCCACCUUCAUCUGGGAGAUUUAAACAGGGGAAUAUCGUUCAGGUUUUGGGGGAGGUGGAGAUCGUUAUCGCCGAGACUGGGUGGCCGUCGAGAGGCGAUCCCGGGCAAAUCGGUGUUGAUACAGAGAGUGCUCGUGAAUUCAACGGCAACCUCAUCAAACAUGUUAUGUCAGGUCUCGGGACACCACUCAUGCCCAAUAGAACUUUCGAGACUUACAUUUUUGCACUCUUCAACGAAGACCAAAAACCCGGCCCGACUUCGGAAAGAAACUUCGGGCUUUUCCACCCGGAUAUGACAUCUGUUUAUAACUCCGGCAUCUUAAGGCACAAGGCGGGAUCAAAGUCGCCGUCAAAUUGGAAUCCAGAGAGAGGAGUUCCGGUGGCGGGAAACAAUGGCGGUGGCGGUGGCGGGAAAACAUGGUGUAUUCCGAGAAGUGGAGCGAGUGAUGAGGUUUUACAGAUGAAUAUUGAUUAUGUAUGUGGGUUAGGGUUUGAUUGUCAGCCAAUAAGCAAAGGUGGGAGAUGCUUUUACCCUGAUUCGGUUCGAGCCCAUGCUGCCUACGCCAUGAACGUCUAUUACCAAGCUACCGGCCGGCAUGACUAUGAUUGUGAUUUUAGAAGCACCGGAGCCAUAACUUCCAGCAAUCCAGGUUAUGGAAGAUGCAAAUAUUGAAGUACAGGAAAGAAGCUUUAUAUUUCCAACGUUCUAAUGUAGAUUAUAAAGCAUGUGAAACUUUUAAGGAUUUGUAAUGCUUACAAGUUACAAGAGUGUAUCCAUGUAUGCAUGCCAUUUUUUUUUUUUAAAUUACAAAAAUAGCAAAAGAAAAACACAAAUUAGGAAAAAAAAAAUCUUUUGUGUAUCCAUGUGAUUACCGGUAAUUAACGAUUUUUCAAUUGAUUGGUUAUAGAUUCAAGUCGCAUUGAGGU